AUGUGGACAGGGUGGUGUGUGGCUACUCUGUCCGUGGUGGCUGUGUGUGGCAUCCGCCAGGAGACAAACACUGUCCUCAGGGUUACCAAAGACGUGCUGAGCAAUGCCAUCUCUGGCACCUUGCAGCAAAGUGAUGCUCUCCGCUCAGCCCUGAGAGAGGUGCCCAUGGGUGUCGGUGGUGUUCCCUACAAUGAGUUUCACAUCCAAGAACCACCCCCAGAGUAUACCAAUGGCAACCAGCUUGGUAGUAAUUACAAGUACGGUCACAUUGAGGCCAAUGAUACCACCGCUCAGCUGGGGGGCAAAUACAGUUACGGUGAGAUGCUUGAAUCUGAUGGAAGCAUCAGACACCUCCGGAAGGGCAACUACCGCAACGCUGAGAAUGCAUAUGGCAGCCAGAGGGGCCACAGGCGGUACAGGUCAGCGGAAGUGCUGGCGACCAUGGGCAGACUUCACCGGCAAGAGCUGCAGCCUGGAGAGAUCCCACCUGGUGUAGCCACUGGGGCGCUGGACCCAGGUGGUUUGCUGGGCACUGGAGGCAUACUGGCAGCCAACGGCAUCCUAGCGGGCCAAGGUGGCCUGCUCGGUGGAGGUGGUUUCCUUGGUGAUGGAGGACCUCUCGGAGGAGGGGGGGUCCUGGGAGCACUCGGCGAGGGUGGCAUCCUCAGCACCGUGCAGGGCAUCACAGGGCUGCGCAUCGUGGAGCUGACUCUCCCUCAGGUGUCUGUGCGGCUCCUGCCGGGUGUGGGCGUCUACCUGAGAUUGUACACCCACGUGGCCAUCAACGGGAAAAGUCUUAUUGGCUUCUUGGACAUCGCAGUGGAGGUGAACAUCAUGGCCAGGGUCCAGCUGACCAUGGACCGCACGGGUUACCCACGGCUGGUCAUGGAGCAAUGUGACACCCUCCCGGGGGGUAUCAAAGUCAAGCUGCUGCGGGGGCUUCUUCCCAACCUUGUGGACAACUUAGUAAACCAAGUCCUGGCCAAUGUCCUCCCGGACUUGCUCUGCCCCAUCGUGGACGUGGUACUGGGUCUUGUCAACGACCAGCUGGGUCUCGUGAACUCUCUGAUUCCUCUGGGAAUAUUGGGAAGUGUCCAGUACACCUUCUCCAGCCUCCCGCUCGUGACUGGGGAAUUCCUGGAGCUGGACCUCAAUACUCCGGCUGGGGCGGUUGGAAGAGAGCUCAUGGACUGUCCCCUGGGCCGGGCGGCCAUGUCCCCCAGGCAGAAGACGCCCGAGUUGCCCCCCACGGGCGACAACACCACGGCCAUUCCUGCCAACCUUCUGGGCCCAGUGCUGACUCUCCUGCAGAAGCAAGGGGCGCUGGAUAUUGGCAUCACCGACGGCAUGUUUGAAGAGAUUCCUCCACUCACCACGUCUACACUGGGAGCCCUGAUUCCCAAGGUGUUCCAGCAGUACCCCGAGUCCUGCUCCCUCACCAUCAGGAUCCAGGUGCCAAACCCACCUUCAGUGAUGCUGCAGAAGGACCAGGCGCUGGUGAAGGUGUUUGCUACCUCCAUGGUCAUGGUCUCCCAGCCCAAUGAUGCUGAGACCAACAUCUGCCUCAUCGAUGUGGACACAGAACUCUCGGCCAUGUUUUCCGUGGAGAAUGACAAGCUCAUGAUUGACACCAAGCUGGACAAGACCAGGCUCAACCUCAGAACCUCAAAUGUGGGCAAUUUUGAUGUUGGCCUCUUGGAGGUGCUGGUCGGGAAGAUUUUUGACCUGGCUGUCAUGCCCGCGAUGAAUGCCGUGCUGGGCUCUGGCCUCCCUCUCCCCAGAAUCCUCAACAUUGACUUCAGCAAUGCAGACAUUGACAUCCUGGAGGACCUUCUGGUGCUGAGCACCUGA